AAGAAAUAUUGACUUAACGACAUUUGACACAGCUAGCUUCCACAAGUCUGGUUGCCUCCUCUAUACUUCCACGGGUUAUACUGGUUUACAUUGUCUGAAAUACUGGUCAGUCCGGCAACUUUGAACAUCUGGUAUUUGUGGACUGGCCAAAUGGACCGCGAUCGCGGAAGAAGUAUGAGAUUUGAUGACCGAAGAGGUGGUGAGAGUUAUCGCCCUUCAGGGAGAAUCUCUCGUUCGCGCUCUCGGAGUCGAAGACGACGCCCUAUUUCUCGCUCUCGCUCUCGAAAUCGAUCACCACCACGUUUAGCCGCUGACACAUGGGUACCGCAGAGCAGCCGCCAUUCAAAUAGAUUUCGCAGCCGAUCCCCUGCCAAUUUGCGCCGUUCUCGCAGCCCUCCAUAUCGCCCGCGUCAACGUCCACGUUCUCCUUUGGGACACAGGUCGCCACGGCAUGAGCGCCCCAGAUCACCCUUCGUAUCAUCAUGGCGCUCGCGAUCGCCUCCUGACUAUCACUCUUCACGAUUUGGUACUGAUGCCUCCCGAACCUCUUACAUACCAAGAUCACCGAGACGAGAUCAACCUUCACCACCUGGUAGAUAUCGCGAUUUUCCAUCGCCUUCCAGGUCGACAACAAACAGAGAAAGACAUCCAUAUCGCCAAUCUGGGGGUCGCUCCAGAAGCCCGUAUCGCAGGGAUAAAUCCUCUAGAAAUGACGAUCAAAAGAGAAGAACACGUUCUCCAGCUAAAUUAGGCUCAUCCGACCAUCUUUCUGCGCACAAUUCUGCAUCGACUUCAAGAAGAUCAUCCCCACCUGCUACUUUUGAGCGUCCGAGCGUAACACCUCUAGGACCAAGGAGUCGGUCUCCAGUGUCGUCAUCGCAACUUGAAUCUAAGCCAGUCGCAAAAGCUCAAGCGUCUUCUAUCACCAGUGCAUCUUCUCCACACCAAAGCCACGAUAAUGUGGUCCAUUCAUAUUCCGACUACACCUCAAGUGAUCGACAAUUAGAAAGAUCGGACAAAAUUGCCUCCAACCCUGUCUAUAGAGAUCGCGCUGAGCCAUCACCACGUCUCAGCACGUCUAUUGCGACCCUAGAUCGUCAAGAUCGUGCCAAGGAUUCCAAUUUAUCUGAUUUCCAGGGCUCUCAACAAGAAGCAACCCCCCCUGCAGCUCCUGACAUAUCUACAUCAGUACAAAAUCGUGCAUCUAAUACAUCUUUGCUUUCGGCCCCAACUAGACCUCGAGGAGCUGCAAGUUUUCAUAAUCGUGAACCCGCUUGGUCAGGACGACGCAUUCCCCCUACACAACAGGCUCCGCCUACUGGACCUCGGAACAGAUAUCCCCCCAACCAGCCAAGUAAUGAUCUACCACGCGGUCCCAGCUAUCGGUAUAGCAAUGGGCCACCUCCUACGCAUCCACGUAGCUCAAGGACGAAUUAUUUGGCCGCAUUACCACCGAUUGUGCCUGGGGGUAAACUUCUCCCAUCUGCCAUCGAUUUUAUGAUUGAAAAAAGACUCUUGCAUCUUGAGUCUGACGAGGCUAAAUUGGCAGACCAGGUAAUGGAGAAACAGAGCUUGAAGAGACUAGGACUAAGGGACUGGGAACGACUGGAAGGAGAAAGUGCCCUCAACGCUCUCAAAAGUGAACUCGCGGAGACGCAUCUUCAGCGCAUGAGCGAAGGAGAAGGACUCGGAGGCACCACCGCGUUUUAAACAAUAAGCUCUAAAGUGAUUCGGUUGUAUAGCAUAGUCAAGUGAUUCGAGUAUUCGUUUCCUUCCCAAGUCCAGAGUACAUUAGCAACCAGGAAAUUGCAUUUUGUAUUGUGCUGUAUAUGCUGUAUAUGCUGUGUGGUGUCUACAGCGGUGGGGUUGGACAAUACCAUUGGCGGGCCCCCCGGUCCCACUAGUACCUUUACAGCAGGAGCGGGGACGAUUAAUAUCCUGCGCGUUUGGACACAUGUUCCUUCCGCUUAUACUUAAUCCCUUCUUCCCUGACGACGCCCAGUCCAUUCUUUUCAACGACUUUUCAAGGCAGCCUUUAAUCGAUCGACGAAGCUCCUCUUUUCGUUGCCGGGCAAUCCAGCCGCCUCGUAUCUACUUUCUGAGAAUUAUACGCGCCAGAAACUGCUUCAAUUGCUUACAAAAUGAAUAUCUUCAGACUUUUAGGUACACAACAACUCC